GGGUGAUCAACCUUUUAAACUCGUACUAUUUACUUGUACAAACCUAAUAGACCGUCAUCUGGAGUUCCCUCUCAGAGUGAAGCCUUUCGCCAUGUCAUUAUUGCAUUAUCUCAGCUAUAUUGCCAUAGUUGCUGCUUUCGCAUUCAUGACGCUUUCACUUGCUAGCGGUCUGCUGUAUGUCUCUGAGCUAAUAGAGGAGCAUUCACGUCUUGCCAAGAUGAUUGGACAGCGGGGAACCUAUGCAAUCAUAGUGUUGCACAUUAUACUGUACUUUUCAGACUCCCUCCCCUUACCACGGACGCUUUUCUCUAUAGUCUGCCACGUCGUCUACCUGCAAAACUUCUCCAGCACGUGGCCACUUAUCUCGCUCACGUCCUUGUCCUUCAUUGCAUCCUGCAUCUUUGCAGUCUCGGACCACUUCAUUUGGUUCUUCUACUUCUCGCACCUCACGCGAGAGGCAAGGCAGGUGUCAUAUCUAUAUCGUACUCCAACCCACUCUACAGGACCUGGGUUCUCUGAUAUCGCAACCUUCUUCGGGGUAUGUGUUUGGCUCGUCCCGCUCUUCCUCUUCUUGAGUUUGAGCGCGAAUGAUCAUGCCCUGCCUACAUCAUCUGGCAUACCGAGCACACCGACCGCCACCUUGCGAACGUUGGGGCCUCAUUCAAACUCAUCUCUAUUCAAGGCAAUGUUCGGUUUUAUUCCGUUUCUUCCCAAGGCGUUCAGGCGUUCAGCUACAGAUGGGCUGAUAGCUCCGCAUACCCCCAAUCCCGCACUUCGGGAAAGCUCUCCUGCGCCUUCGUCACCGACAGUGUACCACGUACCUCUUCACACGCCUGGAGGAGUCCACCCUCUUAGCGGGACUGGUAUAUUGCCUCCCAAACGAUUUAGCCUUGGUUCGCCACCGCGGCGUGCGUCGCAGACUCACACGAGGGUAACCGUUGAUAGUGGAAGCGCGACAUUGGCAGCGAGACGAAAUAAGUUAGACUGAUCCUAUGUACGUUGCAUUGUCAUCUUCUCGUGGUAUGAUCAGUGCACUGUUCAGCGACGCCUCACGUUUCUCUAGACUAGUUAGUGUGCCAUUGUUUUGCGGCGAUCUAUGGAAGGUCUGCCCCCCUGUUGGUCUCAUAGCAAAAGCGAGAAAGUAAAUUCCAUCUUGAAGUGCACCCUCGCAGAGUUGAUGGACUACAGGUUUCGACAUUCACCCUGCCUGUCCCAAUGCCAUACGACGUGCACGAUUGAAUAUAUUAAGCUAAAAUGUUGAAGAAAACACAGAUAAGAUAAGUAUAGGUGCAUUUUCGUGAC